AUUGCAUUUUGAAUCCUGAUAUACUGUAUAAAUUACGGCCCGGAGUUAAGGCUGCCGGCCGGAGAACUUUCUUUUUUUUUUUUUUUUUGCACAACCGGUCGGAGAACUUUAGCUCUAGGAAAUCAUUGGUUGUUGGAUCAACCUCCAAGAUUAUGUGUUAGAUGUAAUUUUAUUAUUUAUUGGGAUCAUCUUUUCACGCAGACCGCAGGACUGUAGCAAGCAAGCCAGAGCCAGACUCUCCUCCGAAGUCCGACCGCCGGCGCCGCCUCUGCCUCAAGCUUUUGGUCGAUCAUACUCACCUUUGUUUCUGGCCUCCUCCCUCAGCUCGCUCACAGUGCAACGCAAUGCAAAUUGACCACAUGCGCACGACCUGCUCGAUAAAAUGCUGAAGAGAGCAAUACCAAGAGAAAACUACACUUCCACUUUCAGAAGCGAGCUCUCGUAAACGCUAAGGGAAUAUCAGUCCAAACCCACCAUUGAUGCCAGAAGGUCACAGUUGAAUCCACCAUUAGCUUGUUCGCAGACCCAGAAUUGCGUUAGCCCAGAGAAGGGGUCGGAUUUCAUCAGUUCAAACAUCCACCGAGGGUUCAUCGUGAAACAAUGUCUAGUAAUACAGAUAUCGAUUUGCCACUGGAAAAACUAUCUUUAGGAUUAAUCCAGCAACAUAACCCUCCAAUUCCCAAAACAGAGAAAAUAACAUAUGUAGUUCUUGUGUCAACUGGAAGUUUCAACCCUCCUACUUAUAUGCAUUUGCGUUGUUUUGAGCUGGCAAGAGAUGCAUUGAAUUCACAAGGAUUUUGUGUAAUUGGAGGUUACAUGUCACCGGUGAAUGAUGCAUAUAAGAAAAAGGGUCUUAUAUCUGCCAAGCAUCGUAUUGCAAUGUGUCAUCUGGCUUGUAAGAGCUCAGACUUUGUGAUGGUUGAUCCGUGGGAGGCAAGUCAGGUUACCUAUCAGCGCUCAUUGACAGUUUUGUCUAGAAUCAAGACCUCUUUACUGGACAGUGGAUUGGCAUCAAGUGAUUCCCUCAAGGUCAUGCUCUUAUGUGGUUCCGAUUUGCUAGAAUCUUUAAGCACACCAGGGGUUUGGAUUCCUGAGCAAGUCAGGACAAUUUGUAGGGACUUUGGCUUGGUCUGUGUUCGCAGAGAUUGUCAGGAUGUCGAGAAGAUUAUUGCUAAGGAUGACAUCUUAAAUGCAUAUAAUACCAACAUCAAAGUUGUGGAUGAGGUAGUGCCAAAUGGGAUCAGUUCGACAGGAUUGAGGGAUUGCAUAUUGAAAGGGUUGUCAAUCAAAUAUCUGACUGCAGAUGAGGUGAUUGAUUAUAUAAAGCAGCAGAGUCUCUACCAGGAGGUGCAAAAUUGAGUUGGUUCCUCCUCUGUUCAUUAAGUUGUCAAACCCCUUGCUAUAUAUAUGAUGAUAAAUUCAAUUAAUAUAUACUCUGUCCAUUAACAAAUGACAAGAAAGCCACUGUGUAUCAAUAAAAAUCAAUUCUGUUCUAAUGCUA